AUGACCCAACAAGGGUCAAAUCCUAAAGCAUUAGGCAAGCCAAAAGGGCUUUUACAAUGGCUGUCCUCCUUUGUUCAUACUGUAUUAGUUCUAUCCGCACUGCGCGGCGAGAUGCCCAAAUCCAAGCUCCGGGGCCCAGUUCCUAUCAGCGAGCUACGCCAUUUGAGAGAAAAGACGAGUCCUGGGUUCAACAAGCACUUGAUGAGAGUCGAGCGCAGAAUGGUGGCAAAGGACGGCCCUGAGGUGUACCCCUAA